GCCAAGACUUGAUCCAUUCACGGACGUGAGCUGUCAACAUGCUUGACUCGGUCUAGGAUAUGGGCGAGGGAUCCCCAAUAAAGGGGCGAACAACAGUAGUUCUGUGUUGUUUUGUGACUUUGCCCGGCUCAGCAGGAUCGAAACAAGUUCUCAGUGUACCUAGUGUUGGCUGGUUCAUCGCUUCAACUCUUGUUAGAAAAAGAGCCGCAUGUUUCCUGCAUCAGAAAGGAAGAAAGGGUGGGUUGCUUUCGGGGAGGGUCAGACGGCAAGCUGCAGGGCGGCAAUCGACUAAAAGAGGGAUGAAUAAACCUAGUGAUACCGGUCUGUAGGUACGAGACCAAAACAGAAGAAAGCAUGCAAGUAAGAAUGAAAGGGAAACGGACUCUGUCGGGAUAUGAGACUCCCUCAUAAUACUACACAGUAAGGUGACGACUCUGACUGGGACAGGCC